CACUGCGGCUCAAAUGUUGUCUUCACGCUUCAAUUUGCAACUUAUUGGAGAGAAUGUUAAAAACCGCAUCAAGCUGUGGAGAUCAUGGUAUGGCAUUGUUAGUGACAUCCUUAGUCAAAGUGGUUUUGAUUGGGAUGGAACCAAAUAUAUGAUUUCUGUUACAAAUGAAGAUGCAUGGAAUGAGUAUGUCAAGUCACAUAAUGACGCUAAGAGGUUUCGAUUUAAGGUGAUUGCUAAUUGGGAUGACAUUGUAGACUUGUGUGCUAAAGAUAGAGCAACAGGAAUUGGAGCGGAGACAUCCUUGGAUGCGGAUGACAUCAUGAGCAAAGAAGCAAAUGAGGAUGGAGCUUAUAUUGCGGAUAUUGAUGCUGAUGAACAAAGCUCUACAACAAGGAAAAGCAAACAACCAAUGGAAUUCAAAAAGGGAAAAAGUGGAGAGAAGAAUGGGAUAAUUACUUCAAUGAAUAAAGUGGCUGAGUCUUUGAGUGAAUUUGUGCAAGCAACUAGAAAAGGGGUGAAAAAUGUCCAAGAAGUGGUUCAUGAUGUGAUGGAUGAGCUAAAGAACAUUCCGGACCUUAAUGGCACUCAAUGGCUAAAAGCAGUGGAUUGGCUUUCAGAAAAUCCAAAUAAGUUGGAGAUUUUGAAAGCUCUUCCCAUGGAGAGAAAGAAAGAUUACAUCUUAGCUUUUAUGCACUGAUUUGUGAUUUGCUAUAGUUUAUAGACUCAUUUGUAGUGUUUCCAACUUUUCAUUAUGCCACUGUUGAGACUUUGUUUUAUUUAAUUUUCAUUUGGAUUG